GCAAGCGACACAUUUAUCUUCGAAUGGCAAAAAAAGCAAAAAGAAGUUGUGCAUUAAAAAAGUAAAUAGUCGGCGCAUUAAAUAGUGGGAAUUGUAAAGCGUUUGGAUUAACCGACCAAACUGUAUGAAUAAAGCAAUCAAAGUAAGAGAACUCCCCAAAUCCAUGAUGACGGCCAAGGCUGGGAGCGUGGUUAUGAACUGUCGUACCUGUACACGAGCCUGCAAGCUGUAUAAAUCGCUCCAAGACGAGGUCGAGAUUGGCACCGAGGGCACCACCACGCUGGCCAACAUGCUAAACUACUGCUCGAAUCUCUCAUUUGAGCCCGAGGACGGCGAGACGAUGCCGCAACACAUCUGCCAGAACUGCAUGCAGCUCCUGGAGCAGGCAGUCGCGUUCAAGCGCAUGGUUAUCGAUUCGGACGAACUUCUGCGCCAGGGACUGAACGAAGCCAACGAUGCCUUCGAUGAGUACGUCAUGGUUGAGAUGUUAACUGACGUGCAGGGUGACGGCAUCAAGCAGAGCGCCUCCUCGGACGAAUCGUCUGGCGCAAUGUUGGAGAAUCUCAGCGAACUGCAACCAGUCGAGGAGGAAUUUGUCAUCGAAGAGGUGGCCGAGCAUGUGGAUCACGAGGACCAUGAGGGCGAGGAGAAUGAACAAAUUCAGCUCGCAGACACGGCCGAGCAUUUGGAGAUUGAGAGCGUCCAUGGGUACCAGCCGGCCGAAAUAGAAUAUGUGACCAUUAAGGAUGAGUUCUGCUCCCUGGACGACGAGAACAAUGAUAUUGAAGUGAUGGACGAGGCAUCCACAGCCGAUAUGCUCGAUGACCGAAUACUAGUGAUACGCUCCGAGGACGCCAUCGAGGAGAUCGACGAAGAAGGCCUCGACAUGGUAGAGGAGGAAACAGAAGAGCAUUUGACAUGCGAAGAAGAGGAGAUCGAGGCCGAGGAGGAGGACUACCUAGAAGAGUCCCUAGAGGAGUCCAGCCAAUUGCCCUGCGAGACGCUGCCGUAUGUCUGCCAUGUAUGCCACAAGCCCUUCCGCCAGCAAUGCCGCCUGAACCAGCACAUGCGCUCCCACAUAAACGAGAAGCUGUACAGGUGCGAGGAGUGCGGCAAGAAGCUGAAGCACCUGCGCAACUUCAAGGAGCACAUGCUGACCCACACGAAUGUCAAGCCCCACCAGUGCCCCAUCUGCGGGCGAUUCUAUCGCACCACAUCCAGCCUGGCCGCCCACAAGCGCACCCAUGCGGAGGAAAAGCCACACAACUGUGAUCAGUGCGGACGCGGCUAUGCCGCCUUGGAUCAUCUAAAACGCCACAUGCUCACGCACACCGGAGAGCGACCCUAUGCUUGUGAUUUGUGCGACAAGGCCUACUAUGAUUCCUCGUCGCUGAGGCAGCACAAGGUUAGUCACACCGGGGCCAAGAUGUUCACCUGUGAGAUUUGCGGCGUGGGACUGUCACAGAAGUCCGGCUACAAGAAGCACAUGCUCGUCCAUUCUGGCCAAAAGCCGCACACGUGCCACAUCUGUGGACGUGCCUUCACAUUCACCAGCAACCUCAAUGCCCAUGUCCGCUUGCAUUCCGGCGAGAAGCCAUUCAAGUGCGAGAUCUGCGGCAAGGCAUUCCCCACCAAGAAGCGACUCAACAGUCACCUGCGCGUCCACAACAAGGAUUCGCGCUAUAAUGGUGUCGUUGGCACCACCACCACCACCGCCACCAUCCCCGUGGUCAGCUCUGCGUCAGUGGGCGUGGGCGUGGGCGUAGGCAUUGGCAUGGGCAUGGGCAUGCGUGUGCCCAAUGUACUCCAGCACGGCAGAGGUGGAAGAUCCUCCACGGUCAUGCCCGACGUACCUGACCAGAAAGUGUCCAACUCCAAGGUUGUGGUGGUGCUCUAG